AUGUGGGGAUUUCGUAAAAAAGGGCUCUUAUGUUUUCAGUUCGCGAUUUGGAAAAACAACGAUUUGAGGCACCAAGGUAUCAUGAGUGUAUCUACAUUGCCGGUUCAAACAAUUGAAGAAUUUGAUCCAGCAGUACCGUUGGUAUUGCCCCAUGAUAAAGUUUACUCGAUCCAAGUUGGGUACAAAUUGUUUCGUUUAAGUGGAUUAUCUUUGUCAUCAGAUUCGCCAUCAUAUUUCACCAAAUUCUUUGGCGAUAAAGAAAAUGAAGAGAAGGUAUUGUUUUUUGACAGAAGUCCCCAGAUUUUCGAAAAAAUAUACAAUCACUUACAGGGGUACUCCAUAAAUAUCACCAAUGAUUACGAAUACAUGCACCUUUGGAGUGACGCGUUUUAUUUUGGGUUGAGAAAGUUGCAAAAGUUGAUGACGGAGCAGGAUAUUUUCGCAAGUAUUGGUGAUCAAAGCUUUAAAAUACCAAAAGCCUUGUUGCAGAAUGAAGGUAAUUGCCCCAACUACUUCACAAUGAAUUCGGAACGCUUGUUUUUUGACAAUGUUGCAGUAAUUGAGAGAAACAAUAUGUUGAGGCCGCCACCACAAAGACCGCCAAUUGUUGCUGGUCGGUCGCCACGGUUGUUCUCAGAUCUAUUAGAGUAUCUCAGAGGAAACACGCUAAUCAUAAAAAAUGAGGAGCAUCGACAGUUGUUGCAAAAGGAAGCGAGAUAUUACCGAUUUCUCGAGUUGGAGCAACGCAUGGUCAAUCAUAGAGUCGUCAAUGAUGCUAUUGUUAUUAAAUUGAUGGAUUUGAGUAAAAAAGGAAUGACGAAUAUUUCCCCUAUUAAUAGAUUAACAGAAUGUCCCAUGAAAUACUCUCGACCAUAUGUUGACGAACCCAAAAGAGACUUGAUUUUCCAAAUUGAUAACCUUCAAGAUGUCCGGCAGGCCGAAUUGUUCCUAAACAAGAAGACGAAAAUCCCAACUGUGAAAUUUGAAGGGAAACUCUACACCAAGAUAACUCAAGUCUUUAAGGAUCUCUCGGAAGGAUUAAUUCAAGAGGAUCGUUCAAUUACAUUUUUAGUGGGGUUGGGAAACCUGCGCACCACCAUCAAUGGCAAGGAAAUGAUGCCAGAUUGGGUCGAUGACUUAUUGCAGGCUGUUGGUAAUGAUGCAAAUACGGGGGAUACAGAAGAAAAUGUCCAAAAGAAGAGAAAACUCAACGUUCAAGGAGAGGUGAUCAAAAUAUACCUCAAACGAUCAAUGUGGAGAAUUAUGAUGAGGGGGACCUUGGCACGGUUGGAAGCAGUUAGCAUCGAAGGGUUGACCAGUCCGGUACAACGUAUAGAUUACAUAUAA